AGCUGAACAUUCGAGCAGAACAUGCAGUCACCAUCCACAAUUCCACGCAUGCACCUUCCUGCUCUGCAACCAAGAUACCGAUCGUCGAUCUCUAUCUCUCAUCAGUCUUUGGGCUCUUUCCCGAGUAGUUUAUCAAUCAGUCUUGCAGCACAGCACUUUCCACUGCUUGCAAGACCGGGGUCACCACUCGAUCUUGCUGCAGAUAAUGUGGUAAACAUACCACCACUGGUACGAGUCCCUCCUGCAGCCACUGGCAUACAUAUCAUCAAAUCUUGCAGUGCGUACUUUACCUAUCUACACCCGGGACGAGAUGUCUGCAGAUAAUUCGAAUGAGCCUACCACACAUGACACGAGUCCUACUGCAACCACUCAAUCUCGCAUACAAAGCAAGCAAGUACAAUCUAUCCCAUCGAACCAGCCUCCAGGAAACUCGAAACCCUCGAUCUCACUGCAUACGAAUCAAACAUCUACACGGGUACAAACAUACCAUCUCCCCGAUCAUGUCUCGGGGCACCAAGAUUCGCCUCGAGACAUGAAGAAAACAAAACCCAUCAUUUUAGCCCCAAAGAAACAUAUUUCUUCGAUAAGUCAUAUGCGUGCGAUGUCGGUAUGCGCACCAUGUCGUUAUGCGCGCAAUGCGACAAAGACAAAGAAACGCAAGAACCAGGCCAAGGUAGAGAUAUAUUGCUCGUGCAUUGUACCGAAGUAUGUGCAAUAUGCCUUUUGGGGAGAGGCCAGUUCGAUAUUGCUCUUGCAUCGCCAUGCAUUGCAUUUUGGGGCGCUUUUUUCAUGCAGCUAAGAAGAUGCUAGCCCUGAAGAAUCCGCACAUUACAUAUCCCGAAGGGCAGCUGGGGAAGUUCAGAUGAAAUAUCGUGCAUGUCCUAACGGCCGUAAAGGAAGAACUUAUUAAUCUUUUUGACUUUCGGCAUUUUUUGUGAGGAAAACAUGUUCACGCGGCAAAGAGAA